GCUUACAUGCGUACCUAGGCGUUCCAUCUAUGAAGGAUUAUAUACAUUACGAGUCGUAAUGAUAGGCGUCGAGAUUAUGAAUGAGGGGUACCUCUCCGUAUCUUACAUAUGUACAUGUAUGAGGGAUUUCAUGUAUUGAAUUCCACUCGGUUCACCUGCUCUUUUUAUGCGCGCCAGGAUUGGUGCGAUGUCGAUCAUUCAUUUGAUCAAUCCAUCAGUCAACAAUUCUCUAACUGCAUGUCGGCUUUUUGAUUGCAUUUCGGGAGGCCGUGAUUCGUAACUUCAUCGCCCUGCCAAGUUAUUGUGCGUCGCGUUGGAUGUCAAAGAAGUCGGAAUGAUCGGAACAUUUCUUAUAGGAUUAGCUCUAUGGACGUUGCUGCUGUGGAAAGUGGGAGAUGCGUAUCGUGGGUUCUUGAAGUAUAGAGGGAGAGCAGAGAGUACUGGAUUUCCUGUUAUUGAGACGCCUCUUGUGCCAAUUGGAUUGGAAAAUAUAAUUGCGUUGAAAUUUAUUGUUCCGAUUUUGAGGAGAUUACCUGGGACGAAGCAUUGGGGAUGGCUAUAUAUAGCCAACCACCGCAACUCCUUCCUCGAUCUCCGCUCUUCCUAUGAUCUCCAUGGGGACACCUACGUAUUCGCGACCCCGAACCUCAACCUCUUACGCACGACAAAUGCAGAGUUGAUAGCACAAUUCACCACGCGAAAAAAUGAUUUCGUCAAACCUGUGAAGAAUUACAAGGUGCUGGAAUUCUUUGGGAAGAAUAUUGUGACGCUUGAAGGAGAGGAAUGGAGGAGACAUAAGAGGGUAGUGGCGAAGAGCUUUGGGGAGAAAAGUAUCAAGUUGGUUUGGGGGGAGAGUGUUAGGCAAGCGGAGGGGAUGAUUAGAAUUUGGGGUGGGAGGGGCAAGAGUAGCGAGAACGGUGAUGAGGAGUUGAGGGUGGAAGAUGCAGGGAGUGAUACGGCCACUUUGAGUUUGCAUGUUAUCUGUGCUGUAGGAUUUGGAGUACCGCAGUUGUGGGAAGGAGAAGGGGAAGCAGAUGUGGACAAUGAGAGUUUGAAGAUUGAAGGGGAAGAGGCGCCGAAUUUAGGGUUGAGUAAACCGGCUGGAGAACACUCAUUGGGAUUCAAAGAUUGCAUUAAUUUGGUUUUUAGUAGUAUUCUUCUCAUAUUGAUAUGGCCGCAAUGGAUGUUGAAAAUCUCACCUAUAAAGCGCCAUGGACAGGUGUACAAAGCGUUUAAAGAAACAAAUCAAUACGUUGCUGGACUACUCGAACAUAAAAAGAAGCAAAUGUCAGCUGGAGAAUAUGACAAAGUUACCAUGGAUUUAAUGGGAAAUAUGCUCAAAGCAUCUACUGAAACUUCGGAUUCCCCCAAGUCCUCUGUGAUUUCACAACAAAACGACGACCUGCCCCUCACUGAAGCCGAAAUCAAAUCAAAUGCUUUUAUAUUCCUCCUCGCUGGUCACGAAACCACUGGAUCUAGCAUCCAGCUUUGUUUCGUCUACCUCGCUAUUUCCAUCUUGUCUCAAACAUCUAUGCAAGCUGAUAUCGACUUGAUUGUCGGCUCAAAGAAGCCACGGGAUUGGACAUAUACGCGUGACUUUCCAAGAUUGUACAAUAGUAUGGUAGGAGCGGUGCUGAAUGAAGAACUGAGAUUAAUGCCGAUAGCGGAAACAAUCCCCAAGGUUACUGUAGGGGCACAGAAGUUAAUGGUUGAUGGGGUGGAGAAAGUUAUACCGGCAGGAUGUUUUAUUCAUCUGAAUACUGUAGGGACACAGAGGAACCCGCGGUAUUGGCCGCAUAAGGUUUUGGAGGGGGGGAACACGGAUUUGGAUGAUUUUGUGCCGGAAAGAUGGAUUGUCGAGAAAGCGGAAGAGGGCGAAGAGAUGACAUAUGGGGAUGAGAAUGAGGAUGAAGAUGAGGACUUGGUAACGGGUGAAAUGGACAGUGAGAGCUCUCCAUUGUUUAAACCAGUCAAAGGAGCAUUCAUAUCUUUUAGCGAGGGACCACGCGCUUGUCCGGGCAAGAAAUUCGCGCAGGUGGAAAUGAUUGCUGUUUUGACGGUGAUAUUUCAGAAAUAUAGUGUGGAAUUGGAUGUGUCAAGAUGGGCGAGCGAUGAGGAAGUACAGAGUAUGAACGAUGGAGAGAGGAGGGAAGUUUAUGGAAAAGCUAUCAGAGAAACGAAGGAGGUACUUGGGAGAUGCAAUCAAGCGCAGAUAGUGCUAAAGAUGGCAAAGGGGGAUAAAGUGCCGUUAAGGUUUGUGGAAAGGGGGAAGGAAAGAUUCCGUGGUUUGUAGGAGUGGGGGGAGAGUGUGAGGGCUGCAUGUAUAUCACGUAGAUGAAUAUCCAAAGACCUUUCCUGCGAUUUAUAGUUGGAGUAUUUAUAUCGUGUCUCCAAGACCCCUUUCACUACCACUAAUCGAAAGGUUGGGUCUACCCA